CGCCUAAAGACACACUCUUUCCCUCUGCAUUUCAACGAUUUGAUUCUCAAGAUUCACCAAGUCAUCUCAGUUUUCGGUUUCUCCGGUCAAUUUCGGACUACCCAUUUCGUUUUCCGGCGACCUUCUCGAUUUGAAUCCGAUGGAAACCCCAUCUUCAACACGAAGAGUCACAAGGUCGCAGACUUUGGUCCCCCAGAGCAACAACACCAUACCAAUUUCAAGGAAGAGUAAUGAAGAUUCUGAAAUGGGUGUAUCGAAAUCAAGAACAAGAAAUGGAAAACAGCAACAACAGCAAGACCGGUCUGCUCUGAUCGACAUAACCAACGAUUCUCCGAUAGUGGGAGUUGCGAUGCAGACGCCGUCAUCGGCGAUUAUGAAGCUGAGGAGCAUCCGAGCCAAGACCACACCGGGUUCCGGCGAGGCUUUGUUGAGAGGUCAAGUCAAAACCCUGUUGCAACAAGUGGAGGAAGAGGCCGAGCUCUCUAAGCUCUCUUUCGAAAACCGGCCUUUUCGACAUCUUCAAGGACUUAUUGGGAACUCGCCGACCGGACUUCUUGCCCCAACUCCGGCGAACACGCCGCAGGUGAAUGAUCUCUCGGUUGAUGGAAGUGGGAGUAACGUUGAGAGACCCUCUCCUCUAGUCCAAGAACAAUUGAUCUCUCAGGUGGUAUGUGACAUCUUUGAAGGAAAGAAUCAAGCGAGCCUUGAAUCACAAAAGAGUAUCCUGAGUCGAUCUCUGCUGCUUGAUUUCUCUGAGAAGUCUGAAAUCUCUUUCUCAGAAGAAGAAGACUGCUCUUCUGUGAUUACUAGUGAAAGCAAAGAAAGGUCAUCCCCAGAUGAUGAUAGUGCUUCAGUGUGGUCCAUUCAGGUCAAUGCGAGCACCUGUGAUGAAGAAGAGGAUGAAGGAGAAGACUACUAUCUGAAGGGAGUUGAUGAAAUCGAAGAAAAGGAAGAGAAUGAAGAGGAUGCAGGAUAUGAUGUUGAUGAGCUCUGUGAAGGUAUAAGCAAGAUUUUUGUGGGUGAGAAAAGAAUGAUUCCCAAGUUUGAAGGAAAGCACACAAAAUUUGUGUACAACAGUGAUGAUGAAAUUGCUGAAGAAGUUGUGGAAGACUCUACUCCACGUACUCCAGAUUCAGCUGAUGUUCUGUCACCUAGUGCCUUGUGCUUGAAGGGAUUGCCUACACCAAGAGGAAAGCACCUGCGAUUUCUGGACGAAAACGACUCUGCUUAUAGUUGCUAAUGUAAUAAUGUUUGGGUUGUCUUUCUGAUAACCACAUAUGUCUAGGAAUGCUUUUGGUUUGUUUGUUUGGACAAGGAAAUGAUAUAUUUUCGGUGUUCUAAAGAACACUAUGAAUUUUACUUUUCAAUGAAAUAACUCUAUGCUAGUUU